AUGGAGCCGCAGCCGACACUCCUUGUCAUAGGGAGCCAUUCAACAAGCACACUGGAUCAGCAAACGCUGGUGACAGACGCAUGCAGUGCAGCAUCCCCUGCCGCUGCAGCGGCUGUGGCGGACUCCCCCAUGCUGCAAGCCGCAUCGCAGUUGAUCCAUAUUCCGGGAGCCAGAACGCCGCAAAAGCUAGAGCAAUGCCAGCCGCAGGAGGACUGCGAAAGCGGAGUCGCUGUUGCUAGCAGUGGCAGCAGCAGCAGCGGCAGCAGUGGCGUGUCUUGUCAACAGAGUACUGCCGCUUCUGUGCCUCCAGGUCCGAUUUUCUCGACCAGCUGCGCUGCAGUCUCAGGAGCAAGUAGAACUGCGGAAAAAUUCGAGAGGAGCGAAAGCGACAGCGGCAGACAUCCAGAGGAUAGCGAUGAUUCAGCAGAGGUGGUGGAAGCUCUCUUACGAGAUUUGGACGUGGCGUUGCGCAGAGUCCGUUCCCAGCAAAACGCAGUAAAUGCUGUCGGGCUGUCGACAGUGCCCUUCUGCUCUCGCGUGGGGAAGGCGAAUACGCCACCAGACGCAGCAGCAGCAGACACGGUGCUGCCGCGAGCUCCAUGUGAAUUCCUUAGCAGGGCAUACCUUAGCUCUCCCGAGGAGACGCUGGAUGCGGGGAAGGAGGCUUCUGCCGCUGCAGCAGCAACGGCACCGGAAGAAGGUCUUUUGGAGGCAGCCUUGACGCCAGCGGGCACAUCUAGAGCGGCGCAAGAGGGGAUCGAGAGGGCAGUCGCAUUCUGUUGCGGACCGUCGACUAUCCGAUGCAGUCUGGAUGCUGAGGCAGAGGCCGUUACCCAAGGCGCGUCAACCCCUGAAGGCAAAGAAAGUUCAGCUGCAGCCGUGGCUGCGGCGAAAGAACGGCUAGUGGAGCAACUUUGCUUAUUGAAGAGUGGUUUCCCAUCUCAGUUGCGUUGCCGCAUUUGGCUGGCUUUGCUAGACGUCGCAGAUGAGGACUGUGGGGAGCACCAGCGGAUCGCUCACGGCAUCCAGCAAACACCCCUAGAUGAGCCGAAUCAACGGGUAAUUCGCAGCGACGUCGAGCGUACGCGGGCACGUCUUGCAGUCUUUCGCGAACCACGAACUCGGAGGCUGAUGGAGCAGAUGCUCACUUUCUACUGCAAGUCGCAAGGCUUAAAGUACAAGCAAGGCCUCAAUGAAAUCUUAGCCCCUUUUUUGUAUUUGCAGAGUGUUUCUAAUGGGUUUAGCGAGGUGGAGGCCUACUGCUGCUUCUCGGCUUUUGUUCGGCGGUUCCUGCCAGCGAUGUUUUGUGAUGACGACUUCACGGCAUUGCAGUGCGCCUUCCAUCAUUUCAAGCUGCUGCUCCUCUACCACGACCCCACCCUGGCCACCUUCCUAGAGGAACACUUUGCAACUCCAGAACUAUACGUGACGCCGUGGUUUCUGACCCUUUUCUCGUCCAAAGUUCAGCUGCCGGUGCUCUUUGUUCUAUGGGAUCGAUACCUCCUGGAAAGGGAUAGUGUUUUUUUCUGCUUCCUCUCGCUCGCCAUCCUCCUCUGUAGCAGGACUAUCCUGUUGCGCACGGAGGUUUCGCAACUUCCAGAAACGCUCAGCAAGCUGUCCAUCCGUUCCAUCCCCGAGCUUACCAAUUUGUGGCAACUAGCGAAGGAGCUCAGGAGUCAAACACCGCUGAGCUUUGCUCACAUCUUCUGUGCUUCGCAAACAGGGGGUCCUGAAGCCUAUGUGCAGCCACUGCAUCAAUUGGAGUCUGAACGCGCCUUCUUUAUGCUGCCGCAAGAAGUUCUCAAUCAUGCUUAUGGACGGGCUUCAGAGCCUCUUUGCACUUCACCCAUGUGUGGUGGCUGCCGGUCCGUUGGCAGCCGCUGCAGCAGCGGCAGCGUUCCUCUCAGUGUAACUCCAUGUGAGAGCCUUCAUGAUGCAAAAGGAGGCAACACUCCUGCUGAGCACCGCUGUCCUCUAGGGCACCGCUGGAAGCUGCUGUUGUUAGAUCUUCGGCCUGAGUGGCUCUUCGAGGGAGGACGUUUGCCUCCAGCCAUUCAUGUGGACGCUUUGGGGGACUGGAGACAGGCCCUCUCUGCUCUUGUAGGCGCUGUUGAUCCUGCAACAUCCUUACAACAGGUGGCAUCAAAGCAUCCGCUGACACUAGCUGGGCAGCAGGGGGACUCCUUGCGCGCCGCCGUACCUGCAGAGAGGGUGUACGUGCAUGCCUUUAUGGCUCAUGUCUGUGCUGCAGGCUCUUCAGAAGGCAAGGGAAGGGCAGCAUGGAGUCUUGGACGCGAUGCAUCAGUCAGCCGAGGGCCUAAAGAGACGCGGCGUCUGCCACGGCGAAGAGGCGCGCGGUUGUUGCGGACUUUAAAGUGGAGAGGGCAUCAAGAAGGCUCGAGCACUUCUGCUGCUGCUGCUACGCCAUCCUGUGAUGGUGCGGCAACGCCAGCACAUGAUAAGUUGGACACUGCCUUUGCCUGCAGCAGCUUUCAGAGGAAUCCUCGGUGGGAGCUGGAAAUGCCAAGUGCGGAAGGAGAGACUGGCGAGUCUGAGUUGUCAUCUCUUCCUCUUCCCAGCGAUAGCCAUAGGCAGGGGGCAACGGAGGAGCCGGCAACCGAGGGCGUGCAGAGGGAAGCGUGCAGCAGCAUUCAUAUGGCCAGCGGGAAGGCAGGCCUUUGCCAGCAGCAGCAGCAAGUCAAAGAGCACCAGUUUCUGCAGGAGCUAGACGGUGGGAGCUGUGAUAUCGGUUUGGGAUUGCAGGCGGCUUCUUGGGGAGCGCAGCAGCCUUUGCGGCACACUGGUGAAAGGGACACUACCAGCACAACAACUGGCGAAGGCUCAGCCACAUACGGGGGAGGCAGUCUCCUAGGAGACGGGGGCUUUGAAAGUUCUUUGGGGGCCUCUUUUUCUCGGGAGGGCAGCUGUGAACCUGAUUUAUUUUGCUGCAACUUUCUAACGCCAGAAGAGAACCGAGAGACCUACUGCCUCCAUCGAUUGCAGACUCCUACGCAUCACGUUUGCCUGUUGACGGAGAACGGAACCUUAGGGCCGGAUGCUGUGGAGAUUUAUCAGUUUCUAACGAGGGAAAUGGCACUGCGGUGGGUCUCCUUCGUACGCGGAGGCUACAUGGCGUGUCACUGGCUAGCGGUGCAGCAGCAGCUGGAGCUGGUGGAUCAUACGACUAGCGUAUGUGCGCUGUGUUUCGAGGCGGCUCAGCAUCAGCAAGGGCGGCAGCGGCAACGGCACUCUGCUGGCAGCUGCCAGUCCGCAAUGUCUCGCAACUGGAGCGCUGCAUCCAUUUCCACGGAGGUGGCCUUGACGUCCUUUGAGUCUCUUUCUUGCGGCUCUCUGCCCUCGCCGAGCGUCUUCCGUACGGAGCAGCAGCAACAAGUGCCGCAGCCGCAGCGGGGGAGCAGCAGCAGCACGGCUAGGCAAAGCGGCUCGCAAGGACUUAACCUGGGGGGUAUACUGGGAGCUUGGAGACGGUUGUCUAGCGCGAGAACUCCCAGAGGAGGGCCUUUGAAAGGGCGCAAGGCGACAUGUUCUGCAACCGAAGAUGCAGCAACUCCCGUUAGCGAUGCUCCGUACAUGCCGCCUCAUGAAGCGUUCCCCGAAGGCUUGUGCAGACACUGCAGCGGCAGCAACUGCAGCAGCACCAAGAGUGCUGACAUCGGCUGUACCAGUGGCAGCGGGGCGGCUUGCUGCUGUCUCCAGAGCAAAACGCCGACCUUGUCUCAACUGCGGCCUUGUGGAGGAGAGCUUGGGGGGCAGGCUUGCCCGUCUUGCGGGGGGACCUCUCUGGUGAACGAACCUUCUGGAUUGGGUGCAGUGGAGGAGGCUGCCUUGAGGAGCAGCUCUACUGCUGCUGCUGAAGACGCCGUGUUUCCCCCCCUGCCGGCGCAACGCUGGGUGUCGUUGCUGUGUCUCCCCACGUAUCGCGUAGUGUUGCUCAGAGCUCCCCGGGACGCCUUCGAAGCGUUUGUGGACUCCCUCGAGGUUUGCCGCUUUCCCUGCUUCAUUGAGGCCGUGCUGCAGCCGCCCCUCCAUCUGGUGGAGCAGCAGCAAAAGGCGGCUGCCACGGCGCUUGAAGGAGGAACGCACAGCAGCAGCCUCUCCCUUGGGAACGCCCCCCCUGCCGCUGCCAGACGUGCUCUCGGGAGCCUCUCAAAACAACGAGCCAUGCUUCAUAGCAUCGCUCCGCGGAGGCCUUCCGUAGAGCAGCCCGACCGGGGGGAGGGGCCCUUGGGCGGAGCGCACGGGAUUUCGCGUUGCCACUCUUCUCAGUCUUCUCUGGACUGCAGUGGCGUAGGAAGACAGCAGCAACAGCAGGCUGCUCCUCGGGAGGACCUUCAGGGCACAACGAAAGAAGAAGGCAGUCGAAACAAAGGCCACAACGGCAGAAUGGGUAGCAGCGGCAUAACACCAACAGCUGGCCACACUGCCGCCUUGGGGGAGGGGUAUUCGCAUUUGGGCUCUUGGUUCCUCAACAUACCAGAUAGAAGCCCGUGUGAAAUCAUUGUAACACCCAGCCGUCUGGUUCUUGUCAGUGGAUCCCAGCAGCAACGCUGUCAGCCUCACGGCCUUAGGGGAGAGGGGGGAGGAGUAAAGGGCUCCUCUGGCCUCUCUUGUGGCGGAGACACCCACUGUGUCCAUUGCUCAGCGGAAUCGCAGGGUGUUUCUCCCCAGCUGCUCAUUGGAGAGCUACUCGGGCUGCUAGCCGGUACCCUCCCCGACGAGCGCGACGAGCACCAACAACAGCAGCAGGAAGAGCAGGGGAAGGAGGGGCAGGCGCAGGCAGAUUAUGUCGAUUUUUAUGCUUCGAUGGAGCUGACAGAGACUCACAAGAUAACAAGCAGAAAGAACGAUGCGAGGCUUCUUUGCUUCUACUUUAACGCCACAAAGGUUCAGCCCUUAAUGAUCCUUCGGUUUCCGGAUGAUACUGCUGCAAAGGGAUGCAUAGCCCACGUGCGAAAGAUGUAUCGAGCUUAUCGCAUGCGACGUCACGAGCAACAGCUGCAGGAACAGCGGCAACAGCAGCAGCAGGAACGGCAGCAGCAGGUGGAAGGGGCUGCGGGAGGUUACCCGCCUAAUGCAGCUUCGGGUCCUGUGGAUCCAGUGUAG